AUGGAAGCACUGAGGGAAACAUUUCUUCAUUUGACCUUUCAGAUGUCUUCGUAUAAAAGAGCCACGCUGGAUGAAGAAGACCUGGUGGACUCCGGUGGUGACGACAUUUACCCAUCAUCCCCUCUGCAGGUGACUCUGCUGGACAGACAUGGAAACACAUGUUGUCCACACAGGACACCGAGAGAGAGGAGGGUGUUGUUCUUAGUGAGUGUCGUGUCUGUGGGCCUGCUGGUGUCUCUCAUCACCACCGCUGUCUUCUACAAACAGACUCAUCCUGGCUUGUGUCUAACAGAGACAUGCGUCACAGUGGCCAGUUCAGUCAUGGAAGCCCUGGACCGAUCCAUUGAUCCGUGUCACGACUUCUAUAACUUUGCCUGUGGGGGUUGGUUGAAAAAGAACCCCAUCCCAGAUGGAAAAUCUCGCUGGGACGCGUUUUCAAAUAUCUGGGAGCACAACACGAUUGAAAUGAAGCAUUUAUUAGAGAACACAACAAUGAAGGGUCUGAGUAAUGCAGAGGAAAAGGCCCAGCGAUAUUAUGAGGCCUGCAUGAAUGAGGCCAUGAUUGAGAAACUAGGAGCCAAACCGCUACAGGAGCUGAUCAGCCAGAUCGGAGGAUGGGCUCUGACUGAACCCUGGGACAAGAACAACUUUCAGGAGGUUUUACGCAAAGUGUCGGCAAAUUAUCGCACCUCACCUUUCUUCACCGUGUUUGUCAAUGCUGACUCGAAAAACUCCAACAGUAACGUCAUCCAGGUUGACCAGGCCAGCCUGGGACUACCAUCAAGGGAUUACUACCUCAACAAAACGGCAAAUGAAAAGUAUCUAUCGGCGUACCUCAGCUUCCUAACCGAGCUAGGAGUUCUGCUGGGCGGUUCUAAGGAGACGUCCCAGACACUGAUGGAGGAGAUUGUGGACUUUGAAACCACUCUGGCUAACAUCACAGUUCCUCAGGAGGAGAGGCGGGACGAAGAGCUCAUCUACAAUAAGAUGGAGGCCAAGGACCUGAAAUCUCUGGCUCCUGCAGUGGACUGGAUGCCAUACCUUACAGAAGUGUUUGCCCCGGUGCAGCUGAACGACUCAGAGCCAGUGGUUGUUUAUGCCAAAGAAUACCUCCAGAAAGUGUCUGAGCUCAUAACCAAAACAAAUAAAAGCUUACUCAACAAUUACAUGAUAAUGAAGGUUGUGAGGAAGAUGGUUUCUGUUUUGGACCAAAGGUUCCAGGAUGCUGAGCAGCGAUUCCUUGAGACCAUGUAUGGAACCAAAAAGAGCUGCACUCCCCGCUGGAAGCUGUGUGUCAGUGACACCGACAGCGCCCUGGGCUUUGCUCUGGGAGCUCUGUUUGUCAAAACCACGUUCGCUGAAGACAGCAAGGCCAAGGUUGAAGACAUGGUGGCGGAAGUACAAUCGGCGUUUGAGGACGGCCUGAAAGACAUCAGCUGGAUGGACCAGGAAACAAAAAGAGCAGCUAAAGAAAAGGCAGACACCAUAUACAACAUGGUGGGAUAUCCUGACUUCAUCAUGAACGCCACCAAGCUGGACAAAGUGUUCAGUGAUUUUGAAGUAGUGUCAGAAUUCUACUUCCAAAAUGUCAUGCAGUAUUACAACUUCUCCUCCCGAGUGACAGCAGACCAGCUGAGAAAAACUCCCAACAGAAAUCAGUGGAGCAUGACUCCACAGACUGCAAAUGCGUAUUAUAGCCCCACCAAGAACGAGAUGGUUCUGCCUGCAGGAAUCCUUAAGGCUCCGUUCUACAGACAGUCGACCUUAAAAGCUCUUAACUUUGGGGGUAUUGGGGUUGUCAUGGGACACGAGUUGACGCAUGCGUUUGACGACCAAGGGAGGGAGUUUGACAAAGAUGGAAACAUGCAUCCCUGGUGGAAGAACUCCUCUGUGGAGGCCUUCAAGAAGCAGACUCAGUGCAUGGUGGAUCAGUACAGUAACUACACCAUCAACAAGGAACCACUGAAUGGAAAACAAACUCUGGGGGAGAACAUCGCAGACAACGGUGGACUCAAAGCCGCCUUUAAGGCUUAUAUGAGCUGGAUCAAGAAGAAUGGUGAGGAGGCCUCGCUGCCUGCACUGGGGAUGACCAACCAUCAACUCUUUUUUGUUGGAUUUGCACAGGUGUGGUGCGCGGUCAGGACACCAGAGAGUUCACAUGAGGGAAUAAUGACAGAUCCUCACAGUCCAUCAAGAUUCCGAGUCAUUGGCACCAUCUCUAAUUCACGUGAAUUCUCAAAGCACUUUGGCUGCAAAGCGGACGCUCCCAUGAACCCUAAGCAGAAGUGUGAGCUGUGGUGA